AUGCAGUACACCUGGUUUGGUGCGGCUCUUGCCGAGGACAUUGAUAGGCUGUGGGAGUUCCUCGAGAAUGGCCAAGAUGUCAACGAGCGAGGAGGGCAUUUCAACAAGAGCGCUUUAGAAGAAGCUGCGGACAACGGCGGCUCCCGGGAGUGGACGAAUUGGUGUUGA